UUUGCUCGGUCCUGGGAUGGCUCUGGGAUCUCGGGUGACAGCGUGUCCUGUCCUGGACUUCAGCAGACCCCAGAUCUGCCAGGGAUCCAGAUCCGGGCUUCAGGUUUCAUGUCCAACACGUCCAACAGACCUGAUCAGAGAGCGUCUGCCUGGACCUCCAUCUAGUGGUGCCAUGCUGCGGGGAGCCUGCUGAAAGGAAAGAUGUCGUCGGGGUUCUGCUCCAGUGAUGGUCUGGGGGAGAGGAGGUCCAUCCCUUUGGACAUCGACAACGUCCACCUCCUGCUGCAAGUGGAACAGGAGCAGAUUCAGAAGAGAACCUUCACCAACUGGGUCAAUGUUCAGCUGUCCAAGAGGAGGCCGCCAUGUUUGAUCGUAGAUCUGUUCAGCGACUUCAGAGACGGCUCAAAGCUGCUGGACCUGCUGGAGGUGAUGAGCGGUCAGCGCAUGAGCCGUGACCGAGGCAGGGGGACGUUUCAGCACAGGAGCAACAUCCAGAAGGCGCUCGCCUUCCUCCAAACCAAAUCGAUCAAACUGGUCAACAUCAACAUUCCUGACAUCAUGGAUGGGAAACCAUCAAUCAUCCUGGGCCUCAUCUGGACCAUCAUCCUGCAGUACCACAUUGAGGAGCUGGCCAGCUGCCUGUCCUUUGACUCCCGUCAGUCGUCCGUGGAGUCUUUGGCCAGUCUGGACACUCGGUCCAGUCACUCAGCGAGCAGCAGUCCAAUUCCUCGCCGAGGCUCACCACUGCACACUCGCUUCAGAGUUUCUGCCAAGAAAGCUCUGCUGCUGUGGGUUCGAGAACAGUGCCACAAAGCCGACUGUUCCAUAAACGUCAAAGACUUUAAGGCGAGCUGGAGGAGUGGUGUGGUGUUCCUCGCCAUCCUGAGCGCUCUGCGGCCCGACCUGGUGGAUCUGUCCAAAGCCAGAACCAGGAGCAACAAGCAGAACCUGGAGGAAGCUUUCCACAUUGCAGAGAAAGAGCUAAGGAUCCCGAGACUUCUGGACCCAGAUGAUGUGGACGUUCGGGACCCUGAUGAGAAGUCCAUCAUGACCUACGUGGCCCAGUUCCUUCAGUACUCCAGAGACCAGCCCGUCCCAGAAGACGAGAUGCAGACUCAGCUCCUGACUCCUCCUAGAAGCUCCUCACCUGUCCGUCUACCUGUUCACUACACUCCUGCUGUUUCUGCUUCACCCCUCCGACAGACGACCGGCGACAGGAAGUUGAAGGAGGUCACCUGUUGGCUCCAUCAGGCCUACGAGGAGCUGCUGGAGGGCUGGGACUCCACAGACGGAGAAAGUUACUCUGAGAGAUAUCACGUGUUCCAGACAUUUCUGGUGUCCUUCAAUGAACAGCGCCGUCCCAUCAUGCCUUUCCUGACGGCCAUGAGACGAGCUGCCGGGCUCAGCGAGGAGCAGCGAGCUCUCCGAGAGGCCUGGGACGCCCUCAACCAAAAGCUCCAUGACUACAGAGUUGAGUUGGACCUGAGCCUGCCAGCCCCCCUGGACCUGGUGGCCCGCUGGUUGUUGAAGACAGAGGGGGCUCUGGCUGAGGGACAGGGGGGCCCUCAGGACCACGGCUGUGCUGCUGAUGAAGCCAGAGAGAAGCAGCAGCUGCUCAAAAGCUGCUUGGAGGAGAUGCCACAGCACUUCAGAACCUUCCAGUCCUUCAGGAACCUGGACGAGUUCGGAAACACCAUGGUUCCUGCAGACAAGAUGGAUGAGCUGAAGAGGAGGUUUACCGGAGUCAGAGUCACUGCCAAGUACCACGGGAUCAAGCUGGAGUACCAGGAGCACCACCACAUGGUUCUGGACCUGCUGGGUCAGAUCAAGGCCAAGCUCCUGGUCUGGAAGAGACCGUAUCUUUCUGCAGAAGCUGUCAAGCUGCUGCUGCAGGAAUGGCAUGAAGUGGUGGACAAACUGCAGCUUCCUUCCUUGUUGGAAGCUGCUCUUCAGAAGCUGAAGCUCGUCUCCGAGAAAUAUUCCAGUAAAUCUGCUCUGGCUGCAGAUUACCACAGCGUCAGCCAGCAUGCGACGAAGCUCGAGGAGGAAACCCUGCUGGUUCUGCAGGAAGUCUCGUCGACCAAGAGCAUCAUGGGUCGGGUCCUGUCCGCCUGGGAGGCUUACAGCGACUGCAUGAGCUCCGUUCAGGCUUGGCUUCAGCAGGGAUCGGUACCACACAGCCGAGGAAACGAGCCGACGGUGACGCCUGAAUCCAUGUCUGAGUGGGGGACCCGUCACGCCCACCUGAACGAGGCGGGGGCCUUCCUGAUGGAGGCCACGGACCCUCUCACCAGCAGAGCCCUGGCAGACGAGCUGCGGAAGCUGAACACGCUGUGGGCGGAGUUUGUCAGCAGAAGCAGCUGUGAGAGCCGAGCUGUCGGCGGCGCUGACGUCCAGGUGAACCCUCAGGACCUCCAGGCGUUGAUCAGAGAGGCCACCCUGAUCCUUAAAGAACCUCUGGAGGCCCUGGCAGCUCCUUUACGCACCUACAGGAAGAGACUCCAGUUCAUCAUGAGGAAGAUCAAAGAAGUGGACCUGGAGGCUCUCGGUCCCUCUCCAGAAUCUCCUCCGGAUCAGUUACAGAAACUGAGGCUUGCAGUUCCUGAAGUGAUGCAGACCUUGUUCGAGGCAGAGCAGGUUUGUGCAGAGAUGCAGCACGGCGUCUCCGGGCUGGACACCAGGUUGGCUGAGCUGCUGCUCUGGGAGAUGGAGGCCAGAGAGCUGUACGAGCUGCUGAAGGCCGCAGAGCCACGACGCCAAGGCCAAGACCCCCGAGCCAGGGUGAUAAUUUCCCGUGGUCUGCAGCUGGAGGGUCAGGUGGUCACAGAGGAGCAGGACCUGCAGGUCAUAGUCAUGACAAGUCAGAAAGACUCCCCCAUCCAGUAUCUCCAUGCCUCAGCCAUGCAGCACCGAGUGCAAGCUGCAGUGGCCCAGUCUCAGGAAGCCAUCGGUAUGCUCAGCAGCCUGGGAGCUCGGAGGGACAGGAGUAGAAGUCCUUCAGAGGCUGGUCCUCCUUCAAAGGUCUUUAUUCUAAAUGAAACCGAACCUAAAUGGCAGAGACCCUCAGACACCAGGCUGCCAACUCCAGGGUCUGAGAUCUGUCGGGGUUCACAUCACAGUGACAGAAACGUUGGGCCAAAGAUAGUAGUGCAAGAACACAGAGAAGAAAAAAUGACGUCUCCACCGAUGCCGUAUACCUACGCUCAGGCUGUGACCGGAACAAGGUCUUCACCAGAGGGACAGACUCCGGUUUCUCAAGAGACAGCUGCACAAAAACCACACGAGACUCGACAUCAAGAUCAGAAACCACAACAACAGUUCCUGCAACAAGGUCCUUCCAGACAACCAGCAACUGAAACAGAACAGCAACAUGUCCUGCGUGAGCAAUCAGUAAGAGAGAAACAACUAGAAGAGUUGAUGCACGAAGAACCAGAACCCCAGCAGAGCAAGCAAGAACAGGACCACCAUCGGAAAGAAGUUUAUCGGUAUCAAGCAGAGCAGCUGGCAGACAAGACUCCACAUCAGCAACCACCGUCAAAGAAAACCUCUCUGAGCUCACAGGAACUGCAGAGCAGAAAGGCUCAGGCCAUGAAGAACCGACCCUGGCUGCAGAAAGCUGCUUCAGGGGACAAGAAAAGACCAAGUCCACAUCCAGAACAAGAUCCUGCUCAGACUAAACACAUGAGGUCACAGGUAAAAUCGGUGUCCGCUCCUCAGGUGGUCUUGCAUCAUUCAUCAACCGGUGGGGAGCAACCGGAACCACAGGCAGGACUCGCUAAAGAGCCACAGCAACUGCAAGGAAGGCAACAAAAUGAAGCUCAGCAACAAAACAAGCAACAGCAGCAACAGAGGCAACUUCAGGACACCAAAAAGCAACAAGUUGUGAAACAGGCCAAACCAGGUUUAGACAUCAAGACUAAAGCCUGGACAGUAACUGAGACUCAGUCCAAGAACCAAACAAAGAUCCAGGAUCAGUCCCAGCCCAACGUGCAGCCUGUGGUCCAGGUGUCCCUCACAGGUGUGUCUCACUCUUCCACAGACAGCCCACAGACACAGACAACGAGCUUCUCACAAACUGGAUUGAAUGAAAGUCAGUCACAGAGACAAACUCCUCCAAAGCCCCAUAGCUCUGUAAAAACUCAGUCCAUGUCCCAGACGUCAGUUUCUGCAGAAUCUCAGCUUCUUCUGCAGCCACAGGGUCCAGCCCAUGGUCCAACAGUUGCUCAAGUUCAUACAUGGACUUCUAUUGGCCCUUCUCCUGUGCCAGCACUGGUUCCAGGCCACAUUCAGCCUCCUGUGCCUUCCCACAUUCAGCUUCGGACUCAUCCACAGUCCUGGGCUUCUGUGAGGUCCCCUUCUCCUAAACCACCCACACAUAAGCAGCCUGAAACUAUUGGUCAGGUAAAAUCCUUCAAUUCACCUCACCCACAGCCCAGAGAUCCUCUUGAAACUCGUUCUGAUGUGAAAACCCAUCCGGAAAUCCAUACAAUGCCCAUGAACCUGCCUCAGAUCCAUGCAAAAUCAGGAACCCAGGUUCCUCCUCAAACUCAUGUCCAGUCAGUGACCCAAGUUCAGGCCCAUCCUCAGCAAAAGGCAAACCUUCAAACCAACAAGUUGUCCUUUCCCCAGGUUCAAACUCAUGUUCAGCCAGUGGUCAGGCCAAGUGACCCUCAACUACCAACUCAUCAUCAAACCAAUGCUCAACCUGUGGUCCAUCAUCGGGACCAUCCUGUUCCUGACCCUGUGACUUGUUCUCAUCCUCCAGUCAUACAGCAUGGUCUUCAUUCCCAGGGUCAGUUGCAGGCCUGGUCUCCAGUCCGAGCCUCAUCCCCCAUGUCUUCUCAGCAGCUCCAGGCUGCUGCUGGAACUACAACUCAACCACAGCUUUAUCACCAGGGUUACUCUCAAUUUUCAUCUCAACAAUGGACAAAUAAACAGGAGUCACAAAGUCAGGCCAUGUUCCAUCAGAGACAUCCUGUUUCACAGCUUUACCCUCAGGCUCCCAUGUCCCAGUCUUACCCAGGAGCUCAGGCUGUACCACAGUGGCCCCAGCAGCAAGGGACUCAAGUCUCCCCUCAAAGGUUUGCUCACAUGGGUCUAUCUUAUAAUCAGCCUCAAAUCCAUCUCCAGGCACACACUCAGUCAUGGUCUCAAAUCCAACCGCAAAUCCCCCCCCAGGGUUCUGUCCAACUCAGGCCCCAUCAACCAAUGCAAACCAUCCAAACAGAACAAGGCCAUGUUCAGCAGCAGACUUGGGUUCAGCCAAUACCACCACUUCAGUCCCAGCCUUACGGUCAUCCUCAGACUGAGCAGCAUUUAAUGGGUCAACACCAGGCUCCGAUCCAAACGUACAUGGCUUCUCAAUCACAUCCGCCACACCAGGCCCAGGUUCAGCUACCUAUACAGGGCCCACUACAAACUCUGCAGACCCACUCCCAAACACACAUCCAGACACAACCAGGGCUCCAAGCUAAGCCUCACACCAAGCCCUCUUCAGAGCCCAAACCCUUCCAACAUCUGCACCUGAUGACUGAGGAAAAAAGUGCAUCUUCUCCAGUGUCCAAACCUCUGGACCAAUCAGGAUUUCAAAUACCAGCCCAACCAAAGGUACUAUCAACAGUCCAGUCCAAAGUCAAAUCAGAACCCAAGCCUCAACCCAUGCUGCCCAAACCAGUUCCAUCAACGGCAACGACUAUGGUUGAAUCUUCAACUAAACUCAGGAUUCAAAAACAAACCGUGUCACAGCCUUCAGGUCAAACAGAACCCGAGGUUACACAAUCUAUGGUAACAACCAAGCCCCUAGUUCUGACACCAACUCAGGUACAAAAUGAGCCCCUGGUUUUGACACCAACCCAGGUACAAAAUGAGUCCCUCGUUCUGUCACCAACCCAGGUACAAAAUGAGCCCCUUUCUCUGGCACCAACCCAGGUACAAAAUGAGUCCCUGGUUUUGACACCAACCAAAUCUCAAGUUGAACCAAGACAGGAGUUCAAGUUGCAGACUGAGACCCCAACAGAACCUGUGGCUCAGUCACUAAUUCAACCUAACAUUGACUCAACAUCACAAUCUAAGGUCCAGUCGGUGAUUCAACCCAACCCCGAGGCACGAUUUCAAACACAGGAUCAGUUAUCAUCUUCACCCAAACCCCAAACACCUCCACAGUCCAAGGUUCAGAGCAAAGUUCCAACAAAACCUGUGGCUCAGUCACCAAUUCAACCCAAAUCUGAUGCAUUACCUCAGCCUAAUGUCCAAUCAGUGUCUCAACCCAAACCUGAGGCACAGCCCCAAACUCCUCCACAGUCCAAGAGUCAAUCCCCACUACAGACCAGACUUCAGACUCAACCACUCCCACCAUCAAACCCUCAGACCCCAUCUCCCCUGCAAACCAGGCCUCAACAAAAACAGACCAGUCCUGUCUUCCAGGUCCCCGUUCUGCCUCAGAUCCGAGUUGAGUCCACAGAGGACCUCAUCAGACCCCCUGCUCUGGCUCAGGCCCCUCCUCAGGCCUACACAGAGGCCUACAUGAAGGCUCGAGCUCUGGCCAUGAAUGGCUUUGAAGAGGCCAAGCACUGCCUGCAGGCGCACAUCCUCGAAGCCAUCUCAGUCUUCAAAGACAAGUGUUUGUCAGCUGAGCAAGCAGCAGUUAAACAGGAGGCUCUCAGGACUCUGGACCCGGAGCUCCUGGAGGAGUUCCUCAGAGCAGCCAAGGGCAUGGAGGCAUUCUGUACCCCCUCACAGCUCAGAGACAUGGACUCCUUCGCCCAGUCCGUCAGGACGCAGUGGGAGGCCUGCUUCUCGGCAGACUUCGCCGAGGCCGAGCAGCACCUCCGGGCCCUGAAAGAUCUGUGUGAGACUCUGAGCCCUGAGGACGCACACCGCCUGGCCCAGACCCAGCUGGUGGAGUGUGAGACCAGGCUGGCUGCCAUCCAGCGUCAGUUCAGUGGAGACAAGGACGCUCCUCAGCCUGAGUCCAGGAUUUUUUUGACUCUUGGGGAAGAUCUGAACACACAGAAAGGGCCUAAAAAACCGAGUGAGAAACCUCAGGUCCAGGUGGAGGUGACACCUGCUCAGGUGGAGAAGCAGCCGUCCACAGAAGAAGUCAAGAAAGAGGCCUUUGAACGGUACGAGACCUGUAAACGGACUCUGCAAGUCCAUCUGGCCAAAAACGAGCAGAGCUUCAAGGAGAUUCCUUCGGACUCUGUUUCCCUUAAAGGUCUGCACACCCGGCUCCAGGAGAUCCAGUUCCUGCGGCAGGAGACGGAGUCCCUGUGGUCCGAGUACGAGUCCCAGUGUUCCCAGCUGAGCCGGGAUGCCUCUGUGGAGCAGGACAGGGCGGAGCUGCAGGAGACGUGGCGCAGCCAGCAGCAGAACCUCCAGAGGAGAGGCAGCUCUCUGGGUUCUGCUCUCAGGCAGAUCGACUCCACGGAGAACCACAUGGUGGACUUCACCGACCGGCUGGACCGGUACCUGAGACAGCCCAAAGACAUCAGUGGGUUCAGCCUGUCCAACAGCAACAUCUUGAAGGACAUCAAGGAACUGGACGACAACAUUCAAAGUGAGCUGGAUCAGCUGUCCCGACUGGACCCCGAGGCCAGCAUCCUUGACCCCAGAGAGUUCUUCCCUCUGACCCGUGAGGUAGAGACCCACAGAACCAGCCUGGACCAGCUCCGACAGCAGGUCCGGAAGAGCGAGGCAGCCGCUCGCGCCCUCGACCGUUUCCUCAUGUCCCUGCGAACUGUGGAGGAGGACGUAUCUGGAGUCCAAGCAACCCCCUGCAGCGACUCUGUGGUCCUCCAGGACCGUCGGGCCAAGCUGGCUCUGAUCAGGCAGAGCAUCGACAGCCUGAAGGCCAAGGCGCCUCAACUGGACCUGCUCCUGCAAGGAGCCCGGCUCACCAUCACCAGGGACGGAACCCCGGCCUCCUGCCUGGACAUGGUGACGGUCCUGCUGAGGAGACUGGAGGACGCUGAUGGAGGACUGGCUGCCCAGCAGAGAGGCCUGCAGAAGGAGACUCAGACCAGGUCUUUGGGUCUGAGGAAGAGGACCCUGAUCGGGGAGCUGAUAAAGCUUCAAGACAUGAUUGAGAAGCAGAACCUGAGAGAGCCCACCAUCCCUGCCGUGCAGCACCUGCUUCGGUCUCUGUCAGAUCUGGAGGUCCAGCUGCAGGCCCAACAGUCUGAGCUCCAGAAUCUCAGAGAACUGCAAGAAGUGCAAGGAGGAGGAGAGACCCUUCUUGAAGACCUGGAGAGCCAGUGGGGCGAGUGUCAGAGAGUGUUCUGUGACAGGAGGAAGCAGUGCCGACUUCUUCUGGACCUCCUGAAGAGGUUCCAGACCUGCCGCGGUCACCUGAGCAGUGUCAUUCAGAAAGCUGAGCAGACCAUCACAGAUCAGGCUUCUUAUGUGGGGAAAGACAACCUGCAGAAAACCUUGAUGAAGGUGUGUGACAUGAAGAAGGAGCUGGGGGGUUUCAGUGAGCAGAUGGAGGAGAUGAGGGGCGUCUGCAGACAGCUCCACUCCGAACUGAAGAAGUUCCCCGACUGCAGCGAGACGCCGUUUGAAGCUGAGGCUCACACACUCAUGGACAGCUGGCUGGAUGUGACGGAGAAGACCGAUGCCCACCUGGAUAACCUGCGUGUGGGGGUGGAGCUGUGGGAGAAGCAGCUGGUUCUGGGUGAAGAAGUGGAGAACUGGGCCGAAGCCAAGCUGGCCCUGUUUGCAGAAGGUCAUCCCUUCCACAACGAACAACACGUUCUUGCCAUGAGGGAGGAGAUCCACACCAACCAGGAGAACAUUGAACAUUUCCACAGGAAGUCUGUUGAGAUCCAGGAGAUGCUGCAGAGUCAAGAGGCUCCUCUGGAGUUGCAGGUGAUGGAGACCCAGCUGAAGAAGAGGAUGGAGCAGGUGAAGGAGCUCUUCACUGACUGCACAGAUGUAUUUGAAGAGCUGAUAGCUGUAAGGAAACAUCUGUGUGAGAAGAUUCAAGAGUGUCAGAUGGCUGUGGAGAACAUCCAGGGUUGUCUGAGUCUGAUUGAUGCUUCAGAACCAAAGGCAGAAGCUCAAAUCCAGGACAUGUAUGAGGAGCUGCAGGUCCAGGAGGAGCAGGCCCAUGCUGUGCUGAAGGAAGUGGGUCUAGUCUCCAGAGUGGCCAGUCCAAAGGUUCUGGAGGAGCUUUCUGCUGACUGCAGCAGGAUGGAGGACACCAUCGCUCACACCAAAGACCUGAUCCAGCUGAAGAGAGACGAACGGGACAAAGGCCUGAUCAGACUCCUCAAAGAUGAAAAGGAAUCAUUUGAGGAAUGGUUCCAGGAUCUCCAGAUGUCAGUCAAUGAGUGUUUCGAGAACCCUGAGAGCAGAACGGAUGUGGAAACCUCGGUGCAAAGAUUGCAAAGCUUCCUGAAAUCCAAGGACACUGAGAGACGUCUGGGUCUGAUCCAGGAUCAGGUGCAGAGGUCCAGCCAGCAGGUUCCUCCACAGCAGCUCUCUGAACUCAGCAUCUGGCUGGAGGAGCAGCAGGAGGAGGUCGGGACCUUUCGGACCCACUGCCAGAACCGUCUGGAACAGAUGGAGUCCCUCCUUGGUGACCUGAAUAGUCUGCAGAGGCAGCAUGAGAACCUGGAUGAGUGGCUUCAGAACCACGAAAAGCAGUCUGUGGUCUCAGGAAAUCUGAGUGUUCUUCUGAAAGAGCUUCAGGAUAAGAGCGGUCGGGCCGAGGCGCUCUCUGAGCUCUUGGCUUCGAUCCGCAGACAAGGAGUGAGAGCAGAGAACAUCCUGAAGGACGGGGACAACCUGCUGCAGCGCAUCAGAAACCUGGAGAGCCGGGCCCGGAGUGUCCUGCAGGAAGAAUUCAUCAGGUGGAAAUCCCAAGCAGACGAGACCAGGACCUGGAUCAGGGGCUUGUCAGAACCACUCAGCUCUGCUGUGUCCGGCGCUGAGGUGGAGGAGAUGAAGGCCAAAGCUCUGAGCGUCCUGAAGUCCAAACCUGAGGGAGAAUCCAAAGUCCAGGACCUGAGGGCUGGGGUGGACCAUCUGUGUGAGCAGGAGGACCUGGAGGACAGCAGGAAACAGGAGGUUGGGCUGGUCCUCAGAGACACAGAGAUGGAGUGGAGGACGGUCCUGCAGGCUGCUGAGGAUGCUCUCAGUUCGGCUGAGACCCAGCUUCUACUGAACAAACAGUUUGAUGCUUUCCAGACCCAGAAUGAAAGUGUUGAGUCCUGGAUCCGAGAGCAGAACAAUGUUCUGGCCUCUCUUGGUGACCACAUGCAGGUGGAGGAGAAGCUGGAGGUCAUCCAGGUGGUUCUGAGCUCCAGGUCCGAAGGAGAGUCCAGGCUUCAGGAUCUGAAGGACCAGGGUCAGAGUCUGAGUGAAAACCAGGAGCUGAGAGAAGGCCAGAGGCAGGAGGUUCUGGAUGCUGUCAGGAACACGCAGGACGAGUGGUGGAACGUGUUCCAGACUGCCGAGGAGGUUCUGAACCAGGCUGAGAGUCAGGCUGCCUCUGAGAGGGACUUGGACGAUUUCAAAAACCAGAAUCAGAUCUUCAAGUCUUGGAUCAAGGAGCAGAAGCAGAAACUGUUGGACCUUGGUGCUCAGAUGCAGUUUGAAGACCGGUUUCACACGAUACAGGGUGUCCUGAGAUCUGCAUCUGACGGAGAAUCUCAGCUUGUCCACCUGAAGGUGCAGGCGAAGUGUCUGUGUGAGACACUGAGGGAGGACAGGAAGCAGGACGUGGAACAGCUGAGCGUGUUGAGCAGCAGACCUGAGGGGGACGUCCUGGUGAACAACCUGAGGAGGCGGGGUCAGACUCUGUGUGACCAUCAGGAUGCUGAUGAGAGCGUGAGGCUGAAGGUUCAGCAGACAGUUAAAGACAUGGAGGAGCAGUGGAAGAUGCUAAUGCUAACUGUUCAUGAGGUGGAGGCUGCUGCGGCUGCAGAGAUCCUCCAGGAGUCAGAGAGGAGGCUGUUGGAGAUGACAGAGUUUGAUUCCCGGCAGCAGGAGACCGAUAUGUGGAUCCAGGACCUCCACCAACAGCUUAUUUGUUUGAGCAGCCGGACUGAUGCUGAGGACAGACUUCAGGCAGCACAGACCAUCAUGAGCUCAAAGACCGAAGGAGACUCCAGGAUCCAGGAGCUCAGGAGUCGGGUGCAGAGUUUGUGUUCUCAGGAUCUGGAAGAAGAUAAGAAACGAGCGGUCCAACAGAAAGCCCGAGCAGCUGAGGAAGAGUGGAACAAGGUUCUGCAGAAACUUAGAGAAGCUGUGAGCGAAGCUGAGAGAGGUUCUGCUCUCCACGCUCAGCUGAGGAGCUUUGAGGCUCUGAGAGGAACCACCAGCAGCUGGUUGCAGGAGAAGCAGCUCCUCCUCGUUCCUCCAGACAGACGGACCGACUCUCAACAGGCCAUAACAUCAGCCCAGGACAUCCUGAGCUGUAAACCUGAGGGAGACUCCAAACUGACCGAGCUGCGGAGACAGAGCAGACAUCUGUCCCAGAUGGAGGACGUGGAGGAGCACCUGAAGCUGGAGGUCCAGCAGAAAGUCCAGGACUCAGAGGAUCUGUGGCAGACCGUCCUGCAGGCAGCUGAGGACGCUCUGAGGAAAGCUGAGGUCCAGUACUCGCUGUCCAGGGAGCUGGAGUCCUUCUGGGUCCACACAGGCAGCACUAAGAGUUGGGUGCAGAACCUGCAGGACCGAGCUGAGUCCAUGACGGGAGGUAGUCAGGGCAGCAGGGCUCAGACUGAGGAGAGGCUGCUCACUGCACAGGUCCUCCUGAGCUCCAAGGCGAACGGUGACGCUCGGUUCAUGGAGCUGAAGAGCCGAGCUAAGAGUCUCUGCGAGGACACGGACCUGGAGAAGGACAAGAAAGAGGACAUUCAGAGGACAAUAGGAGACAUGGUCACGCAGUGGGGGAAAGUUAUCCAAGCUGCUGAGGAAACACAGAGGUGUAAAGUAACAAUGAAGGGUUGA